AUGAUUGGUGCAAGGAAUAACUCCAUUCACCAUAUUCCCCCUCCUCUUCCCAGUCGACCGGAUGGAAUAUUGCCUACAGCACUGGCUAACAACAAUGUGUCAAACUACGGUCUCCCCAAGAAGCGAGUCUGGGUGAAGCGGCCCACUGGUACCGCCACCACGCUAGUGGUAUCUUCUACCGAUAUCGUUGACGAUUUGAAAUCGAUGGUCAUAAAUAAAUUCCCCAAUUCUCUGGGGAGGUACUAUGAUCCUGCUGAUUUGGUGUUGAAACUUGAACUCCCCUCCACCUUCUCCCUGAACUCCAACUCGCAUUUCCAGAACAGGAGUUCUUCUCCAAGCUCCCACGUCAUGAUGGGGAAGAUGAAUAGGCUCAAGGAAAAUCUAAAGAGCGGAAUUGAGACAAAAGGACCGGUUUCGCCGAUUCCCAUCAGUGCUUCCAGGUCAACUCUGCUCAAGUCAGCAUCAGCACACGAUCUACAGCGCGUGAAUACAGACAAUUUGGUGGAAAGACAGGCUUCACGGGGAAGCAUAUCUCCAGCUCCUGUGAUUUUAACGUUGGAACCAGACGUUCUUGUAUGGAAGAUUCUUGACCACUAUUUUCCGCAAGGAAUGCAGAUGGGUGAUUCCUUUAUAAUAGAGAGCCCCUAUCAUCCCUCUGGAGAAAGACCAGGUGCGGUAGGUAAUCAGUCGGAGCAGCUGGGGUCUGGUCAGACGAUCCCCACUAUUUUGUCCAUACCAAACGAUGGACAACGGGGUUCUCUAAGUGGUGACUCUGUGAGCGUGACUUCUGGAUCGUUUCCAACUGACCAACGCGCUCUAAGUCCGAAUUCGAACUCACAUCCUACACCUGGCAAGCGUCAAGGAAUUCACAGAAAGACCCAAUCAACGCCGCAGUCCCCUUCCUCUACAGCCAUCUUGUUGGUUCCCAAGUCCAAGGGUGGAGCCACACCGGUUGAGAACGAAAAGGCCAGGAGACAUUCCUCGGCGGAGGACUUGAAAGGCCCCGUCUCUAGGGAUAUGGCAGCGCCAAUUAAUAAGCCGAAUGAUGCCAAUGUGCUACUGAAAAGACUGCCGGGAAUAUCAGAAGGUGCGGAGAGUGUGAAGGAAAUCAGCGCUGAUGUUGCCCCUCCCUCUGCCCUAACAGAUGCCACUACACUAUCUGCAGCGAAGGCAGCUGCAAAGGCGAAGCCUAAACCGCCAAAGAAGAAGAUAGGGGCUGGUCCAGUGAAACGGAAAACUGCCCUUGAAAAAGUGCUGCCCCAUAUCAAUGUGCUCGUGGUUGAAGAUAACAAAAUCAACCAGAAAAUCAUGGCAAAAUACCUUAACGUCUGCAAAGUGAACUACAAACUUGCCAGUACCGGUAGAGAAGCCAUUGAGAUGUGGCGCGAAGGUGGGUUCCAUCUGGUAUUUAUGGACAUUCAACUGCCGGUGAUGUCAGGAAUUGAAGUUACCCAGGAGAUCCGUCGUUUGGAGAAGUUGAACAGCAUCGGUGUGUUUGCCAACUCCUCAAUUGAAACAGAGCACAAGACUAUAGAAUCGAAGGAUAAACUGGAAUUAUCGAUUUUCAGAUCUCCCGUGAUCAUCGUGGCUUUGACUGCCAGUACCUCCCAGAUGGACAGGGAAAACGCUCUUGCCGCUGGUUGUAACGACUUUUUGACUAAACCCGUUCAGUUGAACUGGCUCAGGAACAAGAUCACGGAAUGGGGAUGCAUGCAAGCGCUAAUUGACUUUGAUCACUUCAGAAAUGACAAUUGA